AUGGACAAGUACUCGCGUGAUGACCGCGAUCGGCACAGAUCGAGGAGGGAGCGCGACGAGGAUCACCGAGGCGAGAGUCGAGCGUCGCGGCGGCGGGAACGCGAUCGCGCGGAGCAGCACCGAUCCGGGGGCUCGAAGUCCGACCGACACGGGGAGGAACGCACGAGGAGGAGAUCCAGCGAGAGGCGCAGGAGAUCGAGGGACGACGACUCUCGCUCGCGUCGCGAAUCGCGAAAGUCCUCCAAGCGCAAGAGAAAGAGGGAGUCGUCCUCGUCGUCGACCUCGUCGGACUCGAGCAGAUCCAGCGACGGCACGUCCACGGACUCGUCCUCGGACUCCACCAAGCUGCUGGAGAAGCUGCAGAAGCAACGGCAGAAGCAGAUGGACGAGCGCAAGCGGCAGAAGGAAGUGAUGAAGGCGACGGAGACGCCGGAGGAGAAGCGGCUGCGUCGCCUGAAGAAGAAGGAGGCCAAGGAGCGUAAGCGCAAGGAGAGGAUGGGCUGGGACAACGACUACUUGCACUACACGAAUACGGACAAUCCGUUCGGCGACGGCAAUAUCCUGUCUACCUUCGUGUGGUCGAAGAAGCUGGGGAAGGAGGGCCUGCUCGGCGUGGGCAGGGAGGAGCUGGAGAUUCGCAACAGGCACAAGCAGGAGGAGAACAAGCGGGAGCUGGAGAAGGUGAAGAAGCGGCGGCAGGAGAGAGAGCUGGAGCGGCAGCAGAGGGAGGAGGAGAUGACCAUGUUGCAGAGGGGCAAGGAGGCCGCGCAGCUGGAGCAGUGGGCCCGGCAGGAGGAUCAGUUUCACCUCGAACAGGCCAGGUUGAGGUCGCGCAUCAGGAUCCAGGACGGUCGCGCGAAGCCGAUCGAUCUUCUCGCCAAGUACAUCAGCGCGGAGGAGGAGGUCGACGCGGUGGAGAUGCACGAGCCGUACACGUACCUGCGAGGUCUGAACGUGAAGGACCUCGAGGAUCUCAUAGAGGACAUAAAGGUUUACAAGGAACUGGAGAGAGGCAAGAAUUUAGAUUACUGGAAUGACAUAACGGUGAUCGUGGAGGACGAGUUGCACAAACUCAGGAAGUUGGAUCGGACGGAGUAUGAAGUUGCUGUUGGCAGAAGAGAAGGAAUUCACGAGUCAGUCGCCAAAGAUGUCACUGCCAUUUUUAAGGGUAAAACCGCGACGCAGUUGGAAGCUUUGCAAAUGCAGAUUCAGGCGAAAAUUACCGGGAAGCCAGAAGGCGUCGAUAUCGGAUACUGGGAGAGCCUUUUGUCUCAGUUGAAAGCUCACAUGGCGAGGGCGCGACUUCGAGAUCGGCAUCAAGAGAACUUGCGCAAGAAGUUGGAGGUUCUGAUCGCCGAGCAGGGUGUAGCCAGAACGGAGAACGAGGCCGAGGACUCGCAGGCGCAGGAAAGCGAGUCCGCUGUAAGGCAAGAUGAGCCUUCCUCCAGCACGGCUGUCGAGAAGAACGAAAAUAGUCAUUCCGAUGACGAUCAAGAAGAGACGAACGCCGCCGACGAUCUGCUGUCCGAGUCCUUCCGCGAGUACGAAGCGGGCGGCUACUCGCCGACUUACAUACCGUACUCGCAACUCGAGCCGGGCACGCUCGUCACGCAGGAGGACGAGGACAGUCAGCGAUUGGCGUUCGCGAGGAAGCAGGUCCUCAGCACCGGCAGGAAGAUACAGAACGUGCUGACGACCGAGGAGCAGGCCAUGCACCGGGAGGCGCGCAAGGGCAUGGGCUCGGACGAGGCACAAUUCAGCGUCGAGUCGUCGCUGGAGGCGCAGAUCUACCUGUGGUCCGACAAGUACCGGCCGCGCAAGCCGCGCUACUUCAACCGCGUGCACACCGGCUUCGAGUGGAACAAGUACAAUCAGACGCACUACGACAUGGACAAUCCGCCGCCGAAGAUCGUGCAGGGCUACAAGUUCAACAUCUUCUAUCCGGAUCUCAUCGACAAGAACACCACGCCGGAAUAUUUUCUUACACCCUGCGCGGACAACAAAGACUUCGCCAUCCUGCGAUUUCACGCGGGCCCGCCUUACGAGGACAUUGCAUUCAAAAUCGUCAAUCGGGAGUGGGAGUACUCGUACAAGCGUGGCUUCAGAUGUCAGUUUCACAACAACAUCUUCCAGCUGUGGUUUCACUUCAAGAGAUAUAGAUACCGCCGUUAAUGCAGCAUAUGUAUAUAUCGUUAUAUAUCCUCUAUAAUUUUAUUAGAUGACUUGUGUAUAUAUAUAUAUAUC